UUACAUCAGAAAUAUUUCAUAAAAAUAAUGCUAUCUCUAAAGUAAAAAUAAGCAAAGCCAUUAAUAAAUAUACUACAUCUUCCAAAAAAGCUCAACGAGAAUCUCAACUUUAUGUAAAUAUAAAUCCUUAUGGUGAUAUAAUAUCAAGUAGUAGUAUGAUCUCAGCAAACACAAUGAUUGUAGAUCUUAAAUCAAUAAAACUUAACAUUGCAAAUAAAGCUAUAACUCUUAAUUAUUUAACUAAAAAUAAAAACAAACAAAAACAUUAUACUUCUCUUGUUCGAGUAUAUGAUGAGGCAUUAAUUUCUCAUGAUAGAUACUAG